AUGGCGCUAGCGUCUCUCAAGGAGUCGCGCGCGUUUGCCUACCUUUCUGAACGCGGUGAAGAUGCGCUCUAUGCAGUCAAAGAUGCACUAGGAGGUACUGGCUCUUCUCAAUACCUGGAUAUGAGCGAAGAGAAGCUGGCUCGUAUCCGGACCCAGCUCGAGAGUACGCAUGACGAAGAUCGCUUGGAAGGCAUGAGGCGUGUUGUCGCGUUGAUUUCCAAGGGCCGUGAUGCGACACCCUUUUUAGCAUCUGUACUAAAGCUCUCUUCAACAUCGUCGUUGGAGGUGCGGAAACUUGUGUAUAUUGUCGUUCUGCGCUACGCCCCAUCUCACCCGGAUCUAACACUUCUGUCGAUCAACAGUUUCCAGCGUGAUUUGUCGGACCCCAACCCGCUUAUCCGUGGCAUGGCUCUACGAGCGCUGAGUGGAAUCCGUGUUCGGGCUGUGUCUGCUAUUGUGCUUUUAGCUGUCGGCAAGGCUACCCGUGAUCCGCAUCCUUAUGUGCGACGCGUCGCUACCUUCGCGCUGACCAAGUGCUACCAUAUGGACCAUGGCCAGUAUGAUACGCUUCUUGAGCAUAUUUCUACCUUUUUCCAAGAUCGUUCGCCUUCAGUUCUGGGUCCCGCGAUGUGUGCCUUUGGAGAGCUGUGCCCAGACCGAUGGGAGUUACUGCAUCGUCACUUCCGCAAGUUUUGUCUCGCGUUGAGUGAUAUGGAUGAGUGGUCGCUUCCUACAUGCACACAAAUCCUUACGCGCUAUGCGAGAAUGAACCUUCCUAAGCCUGACCAUGCUCUACCCAUGGACGAAGACCUACAAUUGCUUCUCUCCUCCUUGCAGCCGCUAUUGCACAAUACCAAUCCGGCUGUAGUCAUGGCCUCCAUUCACGCACAAAAAGCCUUGCAGCCAGAGAAAGUGGUAAAUCUACUGCCCCCAUUGAUCCGUCUCGUUCACUCUGCACCGGACGUGGCCUACAUGGCGCUGAUCAAUUUGCUUACCUUUGCCGAAUCACAUGCCGCUAACGUGGCACCGUAUCUGACUUCACUGCUUGUGCGUGCCUCUGAUCCUGCCUACGUGGCACAAGUCAAGCUUCGAAUUUUGGUAUUGAUUGUGCAAGCCUCUGAUAUUUCGAUGCUGGCGCAUGAACUCGCUAUGUAUACCCGCUUCCAUGCCGUGUCGGUAGCGACAGACAGCGUCACGGCGUUGGGGCAGUUGGCCACGUCUUUUAGCGGAGUGGCAUCCACUUGUUUGCAGCUGUUGAUGGAGGUGGUCCAGGACGCUACGAUACCUGUGCCUGUUUUAAGUCGUGCAGUGCAAGUUAUCAAAACACUACUUCGAGUGAGUCCAGACAAAGUGGCUGCGCAGAUUGUCGCCCAAUUCGCAGUCCGUUUGUUUGUCCCUCUUGCGACGUACGGCCACCCCAAAUCAUCCAAGCGGAUCCGUAUAUUAACCGAUCCCACGUCGCGAGCCGCUGUACUAUGGAUGUUGGGACAAUACAGUGAAGCCCCUUUUGCUGGCGCUACAAUUCUCACGCUGCUCAUCCCUGAUGUGCUGCGAUGCCUUGUUGCUCAUUGGGACAAAGAAGAUGCGAAGGUGCAAUGUCAGGCGCUCGCCCUCUCAUCCAAGGCCUUUGUACUAAUGGACCACUUGGACGAUGUAACGCUACAAAGUGCCUUGCCUGUAUUGCACUAUGAGCUUCUUGCACGGGCGUCGCGCUGCGCAAACCAAGAUGUGCGCGAACGUGGCCGGUUUUACAGUGGUCUCACACGUGGUCUCAACGAUGCUGAAAAUGAAUUAGAGGCAGCACCCUCGGACGAGAUCCGGGAAUAUAUUGCAUCACAUCGUGCGCUGGAUCAGAUGCGACUGCCGGGUGUGCGACUGCGUCGCGAACAAGUUCAACACGUGCUUUUUGCGCGCGAUCAGGUGGAAGCAUCAUCGUUGGAGCGUUUGACUCUUAAACCUAUUACUGACGACAAUGUGACGUGCAUGUCGACCUUUGCUGAUGGAAUGCACUUGCGCGGAUGGAAGCAAGCACAGUGGCCUGCAUGGCGUGACAAGGCUGAUCUGCCCCCGGCCAUUGUGCGUGCACAAGAUGCGAGUAGUCUUGCAGCCGGUACCAAUGCACAAAAGACUAAUACAUGGCUCGACGAGCAGCGCUCGUUUAGCAGCGAUACUUAUGCCAUCAAAGGCAAGCAAACAGAGCCUGAAAAAGUGGUGUUGGAGCCACGUACCUCCACACGACCUAGCAUGCGAGCGCCGACUAAGGCGAGGUACGAGGACUUGGACUCGUUCUUCAACUCGGAUGAGGAUGAGGACACGGAAAGUCUAGGUGAGCCAGCUCCGGAAGAUGAUGAAUAUGAAGCGGAGGAGGUUUCGUCGUCCGACCUAGACGAUGAUUAA